AAAAGACAGCUGGGAAGUGUAACAUCACACAUCGAUUCGACGGCCCUGGCGAGCCCGAAAAAUUCUCUGUAAUUCCGCGUUUUGUUGGCUGCGGCCCGCGUCCCCGUGAAAGAAAACACGAGCCGUUGCACGCCAGAGACCGAGCCGUGUGUGCCUUGCCGGAGAAAGUGACUGUUCUCAAUGUGCCGAUACGAAACGUGACUGUUGGUUAUGCGGUUCCUGUCACGAACACCAGCCCUCGUUCAACCCCCGUUACACGACGACUGCGACCACCUACGUGGAAAACUGCCGCGGAGUUCACUGCAUUGCGAUUGGCGGCGUUGCAGUAGCGUCGACGAGAUACCGAGGACGGCGACGACGACGACGACGACGACGGCGGCGGCGACGGCGUCGGCGGUGGCGAGGAUGUCGAGGAUGUCGAGGAUGGCGGCGUGAUCGUGUCGCGGGGGUGGUGGGGUUGAAAAUCGGCGCUUGCCCGGUGUCUCCUGUGUACCUCUCCUUUCCUCUCUCUCUCUCUCUCUCUCUCCCUCUCUCGGAUCCCGUCGUUUCUUUUUUCCGCCUAGACUGCCCACCCUAUUCUUUCCGGUCGCCGCUCUGCCUCCUCUUGCUCUUGUCCACGUGCGCGAAGGCUAGGUGUGCGUGCAGCGUUGGCGCGUAGGCUCGCACACGCGACACUCGCAGGACAGCGGCUGGAACGGUGCAAACGAGAGAAGAGAGAAGAGAGAAGAAAGAAGAGCGAAGAAAGAAGACAGAAGGGGGAAGAGCGAAGAGCGAAGAGAGAAGGGUAGAGGAGAAGAAGAGGAGAAAGCGGCGCAGACCGGCGGCGUAAACUCCGAGCCUGCGCGGACGGUCGAGAAAUUCGGAGCAGUGGGAGGUCGCGCGAUCGGUGGGGGGGACUGUCACCUGUCCUGGCGCUGUGCGGCGUUAGUGUGACGGCGACCGUUGCGGGUUUCGCAUCGUUCCGGCGCGUGUGUACCGGUCGGUGACUUUUCGGCUAGUUCAGAGUGAGAGAGAAAGGAGAGAGGGGGAGAGAGAGAGAGAGACACACACGCCGUUGCACCCGGAGGAUCAUCGUGCAGGUAGAGUGGUUCGGCCGCCUCUCUGUCUCUCGUCUCGUCUUGUCUCGUCUCUCGAUCCGCCGCAAUCUUCUCCCGUUGGCCCGAUCGCCACGCUCGCCGUGGUCUCGUCGCGAACGGCUUUCGUCUCGAUUUCGGGAUUCGUUUUAAUCGUGGUUCGACGAGGCGCGUGCAAGCACGACGCCGCGUCCGAGUUUCUCGUGAAUGUGCGCGGUCAGGAAGCCGGUCGUCCCGAAGGAAACAUGCGUGAUCAGAGCUGGAGGACAACGACUGCGACUGCGACUGCGACGAGGAACACGCUGCACGUGACUGCGGCGCCCUCGCACCUUCUGCUGCAGUGAGUGGAGAAACCGAGAGAAGAGAGUGAUCGAGAGAAACACGGUUCUUUCUCCGAUUGGUUCCGUUCUCUGUUGCCGCGAGUUGAAUCGCGGGGGCAGCGGCGGCUGUGCGUCGUACACGGGGAGUAAAGAGUGUCGGUGGUUCUAUUUGGUGCGGUAUCUGUCGUGAGUUUUUCGAAUUCCGAGUUCCGAGAGUUUCGAGUUUCUCAGUUUUCCGAUUCCUUCGAUUGGCUGCGUGUUACCCUCGCGGAGGAGACUACGAACCCUGGCACGUUUCCGCUCCCGUUCGAACCACCAUCCGAGAGAAGAUGAGGUGUACCAUCUUGGAAACGAGGAUGCACCCCGUCCUGUCCUGCUGGUGCUUCGUCGCCACGGUCACCAUCGCCCUCGCGGCCUGGCAGGAAAACAUCAGGCCGAAGAUGUACGUCCAGCUCGGUGCGGAAGAUGUGUUCAGGUUUACGGGAAACGAAACGCACACAGACUACUUUCGGCUGGUGCUCCGGGACGGGAACUAUCUUCUGGUCGGCGGAAGAAAUCUCGUCCACAACCUGAGCCUGACCGAUCUGACCGAGCAGCAGCGGCUGACUUGGUAUUCGACCGACAGUGACGUGAAGAUGUGCCUGGUGAAAGGCACCCCCGAGGAGAACUGCCAGAACUAUAUUCGCAUUCUGGUGAAGACCGACCCGAGCACGUUGCUCGUGUGCGCGACGAACGCGUUCAAGCCGAUGUGCCGGGACUACGGCGUCCACGCCGGCAACUACUCGAUCGUGAAGGAGAAGGGCGGCCAGGCGAUGUGCCCUUACGACCCCCGGCACAACAGCACCUUCGUCUACGUCGACGGGGAGCUGUACACCGGCACGGUGGCCGAUUUCGCGGGAAUGGACCCCAUCAUUUACAGAGAACCGUUGCAGACCGAGCAGUACGACUCGAAAAGCCUCAACGCCCCGAACUUCGUGAGCUCCAUGUCCCAAGGAGACUUCGUCUACUUCUUCUUCCGGGAAACCGCUGUAGAAUAUAUCAAUUGCGGCAAGACCGUCUACUCUCGCGUGGCGAGAGUCUGUAAAUACGACCGAGGUGGUCCUCAUCGUUAUCGCAAUAGGUGGACCUCGUUCCUAAAGUCCCGACUCAAUUGCUCCGUCACCGGAGAUUUUCCUUUUUACUUCAAUGAAAUACAAUCAACGACGGAACUGAUAUCGGGCCAGUACGGCAAUAAGUCGGCGCAGCUGAUAUACGGCACGUUCACAACGCCGGUGAACAGCAUCAGCGGCUCGGCCGUUUGCGCGUUCUCCUUGCAGGACAUCACGGACACGUUCAAAGGCAACUUCAAGGAGCAGAGCGCCAUCAAUUCGAAUUGGCUGCCCGUGCAAAGCACCAAGGUCCCCGACCCGAGGCCGGGACAGUGCGCCAACGACUCUCGAUCGCUGCCCGAUUUGACCCUCAACUUCAUCCACACGCACUCCCUGAUGGACGAUCUGGUGCCCAGUUUCUUCGGACAACCGAUCGUCAUACGCACCAGCUUCCAUUACAGAUUCACGCAGAUCGCCGUGGACCCUCAGGUGAAGACACCCGGCGGCAAGACGUACGACGUGCUGUUCAUCGGGACGGACAACGGGAAGGUGAUCAAGGCGGUGAACGCGGACUCGGCGGACACUCAUCUGAAGGUCAGCCCGGUGGUGAUCGAGGAGAUCCAGGCGUUCCCGUCGACGGUGCCGGUCCGCGGCAUCAAAGUCGUCAGAGCCUCGCAGGCCGGCGACGGCCUCGAAGACGGCAGGCUGGUCGUGAUCGCCGACAGCCAGGUCCAGGCGCUCAGGCUCCACCGGUGUUACAGCGACAGGAUCUUGUCGUGCGGCGAGUGCGUGGCUCUUCAGGAUCCGUAUUGUGCCUGGGACAAGAUCGAAGGCAAAUGCAGAGCGCUGGUUGGCCCGGCGGCCACCGAUGCCAGCCGAUUCUUGCAGAGCGUCGCCACCGGGAUGCACGCGUCCUGUCCUCCCAGCAAAGGUCUGAACAAGGACGCGGGCAGCGUGGGCGCCAUCUCCGCGAACCAGAACAAAUUCCCCCAGGACUCGAUGAUCCCCAACAAAGAUGGCCAGGGAGGGGAGAUCAUCAAUAUCAUGCAAGACGAGGAGCAGGAUAAUUCAGGCCCCGAGGUGUCCGCAGCAGAUUCGCCGCCGCCGCAAUAUUCCGUCGAGACUCUGGUGAUGGCCGUGGUGGCUGGAGCCUUGGCUGCCCUGUUGGUCGGUUUCGUGGCUGGAUACCUGUGCGGCAGGAAGUGCAGGAAAGACGAGGACGACAAUCUACCGUAUCCGGACACGGAGUACGAGUACUUUGAGCAACGGCAAAACGUGAACAGCAGGCUAGCGCCGGAGCCGAAGCUGCUGCCGCAGGAGGAGGUGACGUACGCGGAGCCGGUGCUGGUCCCGCAGCCCCCGAAGCUGCACUCCCCGAAGGGCACGAUGCGAAAGCCGCCGCCGACGCCGACGGAAACGCUGUUCCAGUUUCCGGACGGAUACGGGUUCCGCGGGCCGAGGGACAACUUCGGGACCCUGCGGUCGCACCAGGGCGACGCGUACAGGCGCAACGACGGAUUCGCAACCACCCGCAGCGUGAAGAAGGUUUAUCUCUGAGAAACGAGCGAGGAGGGAGGCGGCCGUCACCGGAGCCUAGGACGGCCGGCGCGCAAUCGUCGUAACGCGAUUGUCACGUCCGGGGGACUUUCGAACCGCGAGCUCGCGGGCCCGAGGACGCUCGAGUCGCCCUCGCCGCCCUCGAGCGUAUCGUCGAGUUCCCCGUCUCCUCCCUCCUCGUCACCUUCGCCCACCCUCGUACCGAUCGCCAUGACCGGCGGCUCGCCGCCACCGCCGACGCCGCCCUGCAGCUUCAUCUACCGCUCAUAGUCGUCGUCGUCGUCGUCGGCGCCGCGAUCCUCACCGCCGCCGUCGUACACCGCUUCUUGUUACGCGACGCCGGCUACAGCAACGGCAACAACAACAGCAGCAACGACACCGACGAUGCCCGCGACCGGCACGCCGUACCAUCGCAGGUCCGUCGCGCGUACCGAUCUCGUAUAGCGGGGCGCGCUCGAACGAGCCGAGGAGAACCACCACCACCCCCUUCUUCCCUCGUCCUAGUUAUAUACUCCCUUCUUGCCCGGUUUUCGUUGCGCGGAUACGCCGUUCGAAUCGCCGAUCUACGCCUGCACGUGCCACAAACGUGCACGUUGGAUGUAGCUGUGUACGCGCGCGCGCGUCGAUCGAGUCGGAGGAUCGCCGAAGGAUCGCCGAGAUCGCGCGCCGAGAGUGGCGCAACGAUCGAGAAGACGGAGAGAACGCGAGUACGACAGAGGCCUCCACUCGGAUCGUUUCCGAGUCUUCUUCGACGACGGAGGUCCGAGCGUUUUCGAUCGCCGAUCGAUCGAUCGAGCGAGCGAACGAGCGAGCGAGCGAGCGAGCAAGCCCGGCGCGAUCGCGACGCGGCGAUCUCCGCCGUUUCGUUCCGAUCGUUUGUUUUUCUAAAGAACCGGAUUGCCGCGUGCACGCGCGUCGUAUUACGGCAAGGUUUCUUCUCGUGUGAAGUCAAUUAAAAGAGACUAUCGUCGGGACUCGUGUUGCGAUUUUUCUAAUGUUGUAAUAUUUAACUAGCGAGUGAUCGACAGUGCCAUUAUUGUACGCGUAAUACUACCGCGUGCCUCGUAAUUCGAUCGUCGACAAGAGGAAAUCGAAGAUGGAAGGUUAUCGGGCUUCGUGGUUUGCGCGGCACCGUGCCAUAAACGAUCGACCGUUUCACGCGGAAUCGCGGAAAUCGUCGCGUUGCCUUUGUUAAACGAUGGAUUUAGGCGAAUUACGGUUCGGCGAAGAAGUCGUCGCCGUCGCCGUCGCCGUCGUCGCGUUGUAGUUGCAGUUGUCGUUGUCGCUGUCGUUGUUGUCGAGUUUCCCGCGAUUCCUAAUUUUCUCGUACGUUUUCGGAGCGCACGUUUCUCCGAGCUACAGAAUAUACGUAAUAGAGACGCACAGAUAGACAGAGAGAAAGACAGAGAGAGAGAGAGAGAGAGAGAGAGAGAGAGAGAGAGAGGAAGAGAGAGAGGGUAACGGGAGAGAAAGCGUGCGUGCGCGACAUCUGUUUUCGUAUAGACAGAGAGAGAGAGAGAGAGAGAGAGAGAGAGAGAGAGAGUUGACAAAGCAGACGGAAGAAGAUUCGAAAGCGCAGCGUUGUCGGAGAACGAGCGGGAGAGGUACAGGGCUUGUAUGUAAAUAACACGUAUAUACAAAGAAAACGACAAAUAGCAUAUAUACAACGGUUUAAGAAUCUUACGAGCGGCAUAGGGAAAGCAGAGACAUGAGAAUCAGUCCAUCUAGAAAUUUGGGCAAAAUGAUACAAGUAGACAUCUAUCUUAAAGUGCUUCUUAUUUCGGUGUGUUUAGAGAAUAACGCGUAUGUGAUAUAUUCUAUAUGACGAGAAGUUUUCUAGGCGUUGAGAGAAAGGGUCAGAAAGAGAGAGAGAGCGAGAGAGAGAAAGAGAGCGUGCUUGAGACAGGGAGAGAACGAGAGAAAGAAUGGUUGCAUAAUGGGGAGAAUGAGAAGAUGCAGGAGAUUGUAACCGAUGGAAAUGGUGAACGGGGAGAUGGUGCGACUCGAACGACUCUCUUCGACGAAUUUCAGACGACAAGCGCGUACGAAGGCGGCGAUGAUGAACUCGACGGUCCGUUGUUCACAAGAAUUCAUCGCUGCCAUUUUUCGAAACGGCUACCGUCGGAAUCGGAAUCGGAAUCGGAAUCGAAUCGCGAACGAAUCGAUGCGUCGGUAUCCAACAGCGGAGCCAAACAACGAUCAACGCCGAUGAAUUGUUUCUUCUUUCGAUCCUGCUUAUUGUUUUUCUUCGGGAAACGAGACAAGUUCGCGACAUUCUGUGAACAAUCGAGCAGAGAGCGUCACGCUGCCGCAUUUCUUUUAUCCUACGUGUUGGACACGAGCGCGCGAGAGGCAAACACACGCGCGCGAGCACCGGCGCGUACACGCGCGUACGUAUACGUUCAACGCCGCGCCUUUUUCCUCUACGAACGAUCGUCGUCGGAUCGUCUCGUUUCGAGAUCGGCGAAGGGGCCCGCCCUGUUCUAUUCACCCCUUAUCAAACGGAAAGACUGAAACGAAUUUUCUCGAAAGGCUCGGGCCCUGGGAUCGGUCGAACAGUUCUAACGUUGCGUCGGCACCGACGAACACGAUUUCCUUUGUCGACAGUACAAAUUUACGUCGCGUUCCUUCAUACGAUGAUGAGUUUGGGCUGGUUUCGCGAGCCAUCGACGCGCGAAAACGCCCCGACGUCGCUCUUCCCGCGGAAUCCAUGACGGUUCAGCUGGAUAUAUAUACGACGCGUUUCUGUUCGUAAUUGAAAUGGAAAGGCCGGCGUUGAUAUCCGACGACGGAGCUUUCUUCUCGCAAGCUGAAGCGCAUGAUUCCAGCAGGAAAGAGGACGGUCGGCUACGCGAGCAAAACGAUGCGUCGACGAGGAAAGACGGACGCGAUUCUACGCGUUCAAACACAUACGUACAUACAUGCAUACGUACGCAGACAUAUAAACACACACGUGCAUACAAAGUCAUACACACACGCGCGCGCACACACAGAUAGACACACACACGUACAUUUACUGCCGCGGAGAUCCGCGCGUUUCGAAGCUGCCAUGUUGUUAAUCGAACCCGACGCUUCUCUCGUCGUUGAUAAAAAUAUCCGUAGUUGUACCUCCGGCGUAUGUAUGUAGCGCAUUUUGAACGGCUUGCUUCCGCGCGGUUCCGACAGGGACACGCGCGCGCGUUUUCUAAGUUUGAUACGAUAAAAAAGCGGGUUCGCGUUUUAACCGUGUUAUAGAUUCUAACGAGAGACUCACGUGUGUAGCGAUCGUUUCGCGAAUGGAAAGACUCAGGCACGAUACCAAAGAUAUUAAUUCGUAUAAACGUGUGAAGAACACACCGUUGUUGGUCGUUGCGAUGAUGGUUGAAACGUUCAGAGAGGCGCACAAAAGAACGAGGUAGGGAGAAAACGAAAUCUCAGGUGGAGAGGCCCCGUCGCACAAAACAUAAAACGUGUACGCAUCUCGGUUCGCUUUACAGAAAGCCGUUCGUCGAACCGCUCGCCGUCCCUCCACCGCGCUUAGAACUUUCAUAUUUUUAUAUUUCUAACCGACACGAUCCCCCACCCCACCACGCCCCAUUGCUCGAGACGCAACAAUCUUUGUUCGACCUUGUUUGUAUCCGUUCGACGGGAUUUUAUGUGUUCAUUGCGAGACUGAAGAAAUUUCGUACGCCAAAGAUAAUAUGCUGCGGCGCUCUCUAUUCAACCUUUGCCAAAAGAUUUUUGUAAUUUGCCCGCGGGAGAGCGAUCAGCCGGGGUUCGAUCGGAGCUUGUGGACCCGAUCCUGCGAAAUCGAGAUGCGUGGCAACGAAGGACGAACGAAGGGAGGGGACGAGACACGGCCGAGAAUCGUCUCGGAUCGGAUCUUCUUGGAAUCAAGUAAUGCAUGAAAAUGAAAUGCUGCGAGCACCGAUGGAAGCGCGCGGUCAGAGAGAUAUUUUUCGACAACGAGGAGAUUAUUCCGGUUGGCGGCGCGUGCGAACGUUUGAUUAACGCGCGAAGGAAGCGUGGAGAACGCGGCGGAACGACGAUCGCCGGAAGAAGGACGGUUGACGGAAACGGACAGAGAGAGAGAGAGAGAGAGAGAGAGAGAGAGAGGAUAUUUAUAAUAUGAGCCGGUGUUUCCGACCGAGGUCGGGACGUAGAAAAAUUAGGGUCAGAGGGUAAACCGGGGGGCGACAGAGGUUCGCGUCCAACGUGUUCAAAACGAAGACGGAAUCGCGCGAUCGUAUCGUUUAAACCAAUAAGGAACGGAUUCCAUCCAA